UGGUCUGGCCAGCGGCCUCCUCGCAGCUCCCUGAUGAGAAACGCAGGAGAGCCCUGAAAAACAACAUCCAAACCCGCUAAGUCGUUCAACAGAGCGAGCCUGGAAAGUGCCAACACUCCUGAGAGAAAAGACGGGAGAGAGAGAGAGAGGAGGGAGAGAGGGAGGAAAGAAAUCGCAGGUUAUUUAUAACGCCAGGCAGCACCGGGGGCUCUCCAGUCUCUCCUGCAAAGCUGCGGCUCGGAGGUCACUCCCCGAAAUCCCUGCCCAGCUCCUGCCAGCGCAGUAUUUGCUCCGGGAUCUGGGGCGGGCACCCGGCGCUGCGGCUCGGGAGCCACCCUCCCAUGCUGCCGGUGCCACGGCACAGCCCGCAGCAGCCUCUGCACAGGAGGAGCGCAGCUCGGUCCCUCCAGCGCCAUGCCUUGGGCCACCACCCUCAUCCUCGUCCUGGCCGGGCUCUGCGGCUCCUCCCUGGGCCAGUACAACGAGGAGGAGGACCUGGCGUGGCUCCAGUACUACCUGCGGCAGUCCCGCGUCUCCUCCUACAACUACGUGCCCUACUACGAGGAGGAGAGCCCUGCCUACGCCUACUCCUACCCCUCGGCCACCGACACGGAGCCCGAGCCCGAGCCGGAGCCGCAGCAAGCCGCGCCCUGGCGGUGUCCCCAGGAGUGUGACUGUCCCCCCAACUUCUCCUCGGCCAUGUACUGCGACACCCGCAACCUGCGGUACCUGCCCUUCGUGCCGUCGCGGAUGAAGUACGUUUAUUUCCAGAACAAUCUGAUCACCUCCGUCCAGGAGGGAGCCUUCGACAACGCCACGGAGCUGGAGUGGCUGGCGCUGCACAACAACCAGAUCGGCAGCGAGAAGAUGGGGAAAAGGGUUUUUGGGAAGCUGCAGCGCCUGGAGAGGCUCUACAUGAACAACAACAACCUGACCAGGCUGCCCGGCCCGCUGCCGCGCUCGCUGCGAGAGCUCCACCUCUCCUACAACCACAUCUCCAAGGUGCCUUCCAAUGCUCUGGAGGGGCUGGAGAACCUCACGGCGCUCUACCUCAGCCACAACUUCAUCUUCGAGAUGGGCGCGUCCCUCAAGGGGCUCAAGUCGUUGAUCCUGGCCGACCUGAGCUACAACAACCUCAGGAAGGUCCCCGACGGGCUGCCGGCCUCCCUGGAGCAGCUCUACCUGGAGUACAACUACAUCAAUGCCAUCCCCGACGAUUAUUUCCAGGUGUCCCCCAGGCUGCUCUACGUGAGGAUGUCCCACAACAGCCUGACCAACCAAGGGCUCUCCAGCAACACCUUCAACAGCAGCAGCAUCCUGGAGCUGGACCUCUCCUACAACCGGCUGCAGAAGAUCCCGCGGGUCAACACCAACCUGGAGAACCUCUACCUGCAGGGGAACCAGAUCAACGAGUUCUCCAUCAGCAGCUUCUGCUCCGUGGUGGACGUCAUGAACUACUCGCGGCUCCAGGUGCUGCGGCUGGACGGCAACGCGAUCAAGCGGAACGCGGUGCCCCCGGACGCGCCGCUGUGCCUGCGCCGGGCCACCGUCAUCGAGAUCUGAGCGCCCUCAGGACUUGUGUCCCCCUCUCCCAGGGACCCCCCUCAUUCCCGCUUUUCCAUCCGACUCGGCUUCGCGGCAGCGCAAUCGCAGCGCGCUCCUGGUUUCCCCGAAAUUCUCCUUUUCCCGCUCGGGUCGCAGCUCUGAGCUCACCACAGCCACCCCACAAAGCGCCGUGCCCGCUGUCACCUCCUGCCCCACGCUGCGGUGGGGCUCAUCCCGCCUUGGAAAUGGGGAAAUCCCAAAUCCCAUCCCAAACUGCAUCCCAAAACUGGGUUGUCACCCAGUCCAUUGUCCAUUGUCACCUCCUGCCCCACGCUGCGGUGGGGCUCAUCCCGCCCUGGAAAUGGGGAAAUCCCAAAUCCCAUACCAAAUUCCAUCUCAAAUCCCAAACUAAAUCCCAUCCCAAAUCCCAAACCAAAUCCCAUCCCAAAACCGGGUCUCUGCUGUCACCUCCUGCCCCACACUGAAGUGGGGCUCAUCCCACCUUGGAAAUGGGGAAAUCCCAAAUCCCAUCCCAAAUCCCAAACCAAAUCCCAUCCCAAAACUGGGUCUCCGUUGUCACCUCCUGCCCCACACUGAAGUGGGAUUCAUCCCACCGUGGAAACGGGGAAAUCCCAAAUCCCAUCCCAAAACUGGGUCUCCAUUGUCACCUCCUGCCCCACACUGGGUUGGGAUUCAUCCCGCCUUGGAAAUGGGAAAAUCCCAAAUCCCAUCCCAAACCCCAUCCC